AUGGGGGAUAAAAAUAUUAAUCAAAAUAUUGUUCACAAAUCAACACCUCCAUCAACUAAUCAAAAAGUACGGAAUCCGUUUGAUAAAGCCUUGAUUGACAAGUUGCACAAGCCAAUAUGCAGUCCGGGAAUGUGUAAAAUAUACAAAAAGAAAAGUAACGGUUCAUUCCGCUGGGAUAUUGAUCAAGCAUGCACGCUAGUGCCCGCGGAUAUCGUCGUGUGCAACAGCCAGUUUGAACCUUCCCCCGACCCUGCUCUGGAGAAGAUAGCCGAAGAAGCCACUGACAGAUUUUUCUCCCAAGAGAUGGUAAUGCCUAGUCCUGUAAUAGAAUCAUCCAAAAAAGUGAAACCAUUGCUUCAGACAUCUUGUGACGCAAGUAUCCAAAUAGACAGUUUCAUCCAAGAGAAGCUUGUGGUCACAAAAGAAGUUUCAGCACAAACCAUUCUCACAAUACCUCCGGAGCUCCCUCCUGAACUUGAAAAUCUUCUUAAACCGUUCUGCACUUAUACACAGGAUCAAGACAUGUCUGGUGAAUAUGAAAUCACUGCUAACGGCUCGCUUCGAAGAAAACUCUUCUUUGAAGAACACAGUGAUAUGGAACAAUAUGAUUCAGAGCAAACAGAUGACGAGAUACAUGUAGAGUCACGCCCACCUUCCAGAUACGAAGCUCAUACGCCUGUUGUAUUCAGUCCUGAUCUUAGUCAAGAUGCUCUUUCAAAAGGAAUGAAACGUACAUUUGGUACGCCCCUGAAGAAAGGUUCUUCAAGUAAUGGGAGGCCUUGUUACCGGAACAAAAUAUUGGAUGUUGUUGACUUUGGGGAGCCAUGUUUUAGUCCCAUAGGAUUCCAAACCCCAAAGCGCACCAACCAGAGUUCUGCUACAUCGUCAUCCUUAGCAUCAGCUUCCAUAUCUCCCGUUACAAAAGUUGCGUCAAGCGAUGAAGAGAAGAAUAACUUUACGUCACCUGAAUCUGAAACAAUGGCUACAUGUCUUGACUGCGUCCAAUCUCAAGCACAAACAGAGAAGAAAAAGUGUUUUUGUAAACUGACUCCGAAUAAGAUAAAAAGGAGUACUUCACUUAAGGAAUCUCCACCCAGGAGCCGGAAAGGCUCGUUUUCAUUUUCUGAAAAACGCAGUCUAAGUAUGUCCAGUCUGCAUAGAAGCCGAUCAGUUCAAAAGUUGGAUUUCAGCAUGGAUAUGAGUGUAGACAGCUCUUUGCAUAAUCAUUCUCAAGCAGGCUAUGAAUCCAAAUCACCAUUAGAAGAAAAGGAGGCGACAUGGUCGUUAGUGGAAGAAGCUAGCAUUCAUCAUUUAGUUAAAGUGGAAACAGCGAAGCGUGACUCGUGCAAUAUACAGUCCUCUACUCAAAUAGACAGUGUUGUGACUAUUGACGACACGCCUAUCAAAGGCAAAUCUAAGAUUAAUAUACGCUCUCAUGAAAUUAGUAAAAUUAGGGCUCCACUGCCUUUGAGCCCUCUACAUAUGUCAUUAGAUAGUAGUUUAGAUAAUAUAGAUAACCCACUCUCUUUGGAAGAUAAAAAGAUAGACUUUAAUAGGGUUGAUCUCAAGUUUUUGACUGAAAAUGUAUCUCAACUUGAUUACACCGCCAGUAACAUGACCAAAGUGGGAAGUGAUAGCUCGACUAGUUUUAAGAAAGUAGAUAGUGGAUUUAAUGAAAAUACAUUCUAUGCAAACGCUUCUAGUUAUUACGAAAGUGCCAUAAAACCCUCAGAACUGACUGUAACAAAUAUAUCUAAAAGUAAUAGUAAGAAUGCCUUGAAAGAAAUUUCCAACGUUCAUUGGAUGCGAGUCGACAGCGGAUUUAAAGACGAAUGCUCUUCAGAUGUUACGCAGUUUUAUGCUGAAAAUGAAGGGUUAUCAGCAGGAAAGUUUACUGGUUUCAAUUUUUCUGAAACUAAAUCAGCUGAUAAAGAGAACUUGGGCUCGGAAGAAUUCGAUAAGUUCCUCGUUCAGACCAAUAAAAAUGAGGCAAUGUCAAUGUCUGAUAUUUUCACUGAUGAGAUGACAUUCAAUUGUAACUUUUCUUCGACACCAUCCAAGAGCAAAGGACGCAAGGUUCAUUCUUAA